AUUUAUAAUCUAAUGUUAUGGUUUUCUACAUGUUAAAUAUUAUGUGGAUGCUUCCAGUAUUUAUUAUACCUUAAUAUUGCAGGUGUAGAAGAAGCUUGGCAGGGAACAGAUGUCUAUGUGCUGCUCUCAAAGAUAGGGCCAUACCUAAUCUUCUUUGCCGACAUCGCAAGAACCGCUCCAGAUAUGGAGUUUGAGAGUGAGGUCAUGAAUGCCUACAUGCAGCUACUGGUGCGAGACUUUAAUGCGAAGUCAACCGACAGGGCUAUGGCAAUAGACACAUUUGAGAUGUCCAACAUAUGGAAAAGGAAACAACCAAAAGUGAAGCUGGAUCCACACAUGUACAAGUACAUCCUUGGGAUCAUCAAUGAGAACCACCACUGGAAACUCACUGUCAUGAUCCCAUCACAAAAAAAGGCUCUCUUACUCGAUCCUCUUGGGGAAUCCAGUACCGACAUAAAUAGGUGCAAAGAUGUAACAAGAGCCUUCAUGAGACUUAGGGGGAUCAAUGUGUCCAGAUGGGGAUGCGACACAGUCCCACACCCUCGUCAGACUGACAGUACCUCCUGCGGGCCCUUUGUAUUGAAAUUUGCUGAAUGUAUCCUUAAAGGUGAAAACUGCAAAUUCAAUACAUCAAGAAAAGGUGUAGGGGAAAUGCGAAGGGCAAUCGCAACUGCUCUCCUUGAGAAUACUGAUGACCUGACUGAGGUAUGCCACCAAUGUGGACAGACAGACAAUCCAGAAACAGACGAGGACGUACAAUGGAUUUCCUGUGAACGGUGCCAACGCUGGUAUCAUCAGAGCUGUGCAAAACAUAUGAUGGAAUCGCCACACCUCUGUCUAGCCUGUAACACAGACAGGACAGCCAGGAGAGAGAGGGCACUGGCACGCUAGGUGGGAGUGGUGGGCGUGACAUACUGUACAUCAGUGUACCAGGUAGCUUUUGUUGAUUUUCUAUAUAUUGUACUUAUUUUGUAUUUAUUGUAGUUGGUUUGGCUUUUUGUUUUUUCUUUUUACAUAUGUUGUUCUAAGAAAUUGUUUAUAUUUGUUUUAAUUGUGUUAAUAAAUGUUUCGUUCUGAAUGUUUGAAUUGUGUUAAUAAAUGUUUUGUUCUCAAUGUCAGUGUAAAGUCUACUUCCAGCUAACCCUUGAUCACGCCACCAAUCCCUUGAAUGCAACUCACUCCUCAGAUCACAUCACAGCAAUUCUAGUCACCCGUGCAUGCACAUCACUCCCUCUAUUUAGUUCAGUUCAGUUCACCCUUUCCUUUGUGAGGUAUUGUUUGUUUUCACCACAACCGUACUGUGCCUUUUCAAAAUAUUACCUAUAUAUAAUGAAUUACCCGUGCAUCAACCUGUUUGCCUGACUAACGUAGUCUCCGACUCCUAGCCUGCUCCCCGCCUGGACUUCGCCUACCCAUCAAAUUUCCUGUGUAUGACCCCCUGCCAGUCCCUUGACCCAUCUCCAGCCUCCUCCUUGGGAAUUGUGUUAAUAAACUAUUAUGCUCUGCGUUUGAAACCCAUUCUUGGCAUCCUUCGUAUUCAUUACAGUCAGGUUAAGUUGUUUACAUGUUGCUUGGCAACGCGCUACGCCCUGACAACUGUUUGCAGAUUAUUUGUAUUUACUAAAUAAUAAAACCACAUAGUGCUUAAUAAAUUAAAACAAUAGACACGUAUUAAGCGGAGUUAUGUAUAGGGAACAGUUAGCUCAAGAGAAAUAAAGAUAAAAAGGUGAACAAGAGCCAGACAAAGUGACCAGUUGGCUAUAGCCAGCCAGGCCUACGUUAAAGAUAAACAAAUUAAAGUUACUGUAUUUCUGUAUUUUUCCCAUUUUUCCUCCUCUUCUUUUGUCCUCUUCCUUCCCUGGGCGCCAGAGUGUUUAGGUUUCUUUGACAUUGUGAUGUGCAAAUAGAUAGCUUUCUCCUCUCCGGUCAGAAUGGCGCUCUUUUAUUUUACAUGUUAUGUUGUCUAAUAUUUAUUUAUUGCCUAAGUAAUAUAAACAUUGAAGUUGAAGUUAGAUGAAUACAGUAUGCAAAAAAAUAAAAUAAAAAAGACUUAUUUUUGGCGCCCCCUACCGAUGGAUGGGCCCUUAGCAUUCGCCUAUACUGCCUAU